UUCAGUUUCAGUAUCGAGUGAAAACAAAAGAAUGGGCAGAAGAAGAAUGGCUGCCAUCGUUAAUAGUCGAGUAGGACCUAUCCUGUUGAUACUGUGUUCCUUGGUAUCAAGUCAGUCAAAUUUGUUAUUCUUUACGGUUGUUUAGUUAUGCUAUGAUCUUUAUUAUUAUUAUUUAUUUUUUAAUAGCUUAGGCCUAGGCUUUAAGUGCCUUAAGCUUAACUUUCACUUUUAACAGUAAUAACAGACUCGACUGUAAACAAAUAUUUUAUUAAUUAUUAUUAUUUAACAUUCUGGCCACUAGUGGGCACGGUCAAUCAGAUCGAAACAAGCGAAACGUUUGUGUUUUUCACCCGUCGCUGAGAGAUGACAGCAAUCUGCUUAUUAGUUCUUAACUUUCCAAAGAUUAAAGACUCUAACUCUACUCUAAUCCAUUUGUCUGUAACAGUAACUGUACUGUAGGCUACUGUAGUGAUGUAGUGGCAUGCUGACUAAAUUCACUAAAGAAUCAAGAAAGAAAUGCUAGCACCGAACCCCCCUUAUGCUACUGGGGAACAUAACCACCGUUGCAUGAGCCUGCAUGGGCAGACAAAGGGCAUGCAUGGUAAAAAAAAAUAUAGCAACUACAGUGCUACUUAGCUACUACCAGAUGUUGACAUAUAAUAUAUGAUAUAUGAGCAGUUGAAAUAACGAUCCGAUAGACACACGGUAAUGGGUAAGGUACAAGGCAUGAGGUGGGUAGUGGCAGCCGAAUAUCCAUGCCAAUGAUUCUAUACUACAGUAAAUUGAGUAGACUGUUCAUAGGCAACUGUUUCGUCCCAGCUACUUCUUGAACUAUUAGUAUUAGCGAGGUAGAAACCCACUAUAAAAUACCUAUUAAAGGACAUCCGAUGCUUCCUCUUGAUGGGCAGGGGGAUAUAUUAGGAUGCAAAUACACAUCCUAACACCUGGGGAAAGUUGACUGCUGAUGUUGAGAAAGCAAAAUCAUCAACUGACCAGAUGUCCUUAACCUGAGAUGGCCUCUGUAAAGUUGAGAGAAGUUAUGGGUGGGGGCUGUCCUGGCAAGAGGAGAUCUCCAACGGGCCGCUUUACAGCCUGAUAGGGGAAUUUUCGGGCUGGGAGGGGGGGGGAGCAUUUUGGGGAGGGCAUUAUUGUCAACUAGCAGUCCACAGGCCACAUUCAACCAUAAGAGGCCCAGCAAGUGGCCCGCCGAUCAUUACCAAAACAAUGAAAUAAGUUAUUUUAAAAAAUUUAAUUUAUAGAAUAAAUUAAUGUUUUUUUAAAAAUUUUCAAAUACCGGUUGUAAUAAAAAAAUCCUAACAGUAUUUUAUAUCUAUUGCUUUAUUUAUGCUGGCAACCAGCUCAACAAACCUAGAUCUAUCUUUAGCCUUCCAUACCUGUUUUGUGUACAAUUAUUCUAUUGGUUUUGAAAAGAUUAAAACAUGACAUCAAUGAAAGCGGAAAAUAUGAAUGAGAAAACACUAGAACUAAAUGCUGGGCAUUUAAAAUUCUUAAUAUUACGGUAGUACAAUAAAAAGAUAAAUAUAAAUAUAAUAAAUAUACUUAAUGAACCAACUUCUAUGCACAAAGAAAUAACGUAUACCAUAUUUAUUUUUGAGCAUAUAAGAUGCACCUAAUUAUAAGAUGCCCCCGUAUAUAAGACGCAGGUUUUUGCGAUUUGUGUAAAAAUAUUUUAGGACGCACCCAUAUAGAAAAUGCAGAUUUAAUGAUUUGUGUAAACAAAAGUUACAUAUGAGGCACAUGGCCUAGCCAUCUGCAGCACUGAGUAAUUUAUAUCCAGUGGUUUCCUUUCCUUUAUCAUAAAUGAAAAUUUUCCGAUGUUUCAUCACCCAUCGGAUGUAAACAAUGUUUCAUUACCAUUUUUAGUUGACCUGUAGAUCAAAGGAUUGUCUGAGACAGGACCACAACAAUUAUUGUUUAUUCUUAUCUGCCGCCGGGCGAAUAGCCGAUGGGAUGAGUAACUGGUAUCUAGAUUCUAGAAACAAUAAACGCCAGAUGUAAAGGCGGGUUCAUUGAUCUGCUAAGUAAAGUCUUCAGUACAUAGACCAAUAGAGGCCCGAUGUAUGUGGUUAGCAUAUAUAAACAUGGGAAUAGUCUUUUGUUACCGGUAUAUAUAAAUGAGAGAUCAAUUUGAUUUAAAAAGUACUUACUGUAUUUUCACCCAUAUAAGACACACCUAAUUAUAAGAUGCACCCAUAUAUAAGACACAGGUUUUAACGAUUUGUGUAAAAAAUAUUUUACAUAAGUCACAGCCUAUAUAAGAUGCACCCUGGGAGUGGGGUCCGUAAAACUUUGUUUACGCGAAAAUACAGUAAGUGUCAGUCUAGCCAGCAUCUUCCAACUUCAAUAAUAUCUGUACGAAAUAAAUUGCUUUCUUACUUUUUUAUUAAUCAGAUUUUUGUUUUGUUCCAAUCAAAACUGGAAUUUGAUAGCUGAAUGCUAUUGUUAGCUUGCUAAGGGAACUGCAUCUUUUCUCUUUUAGUGUGCAGAAUAUGCUUUCAGAGUGCAGCUGUUUUGUUCUAAUUGAUACAUCAUGACUUUGCAGUGGUUUUUUUUUUUUUUUUUUUUUUUUUUUAUUUUUCCAAUUUUAUUUUUUUUUUUUUUUUUGUAUUUUCUUUUUUUUUUUUUUUUUUUUUUUUUUUUUUUUUUUUUUUUUUUUUUUUUUUAUUUUUUUUUUUUUUUUUUUUUUUUUUUUUUUGAAGUUCGACAAUUGCAUUAUUUUCUUGCUCUGGUAAGUUACUUUUUUCAUCUUUGUAUACAUACUGAAUACUGCUAUAUAUUAUCUUAUUUUUAACUAAUGUCUGUGUGUUUUCAAAUGGUAAAUGCAUAAAUUGAUACAUUGCAUCACAAAAUUUUUAUGCUGAUCCUUAUAUUUCAUUUCAGGUUACUUCUACCGUCUAACAGAGAGGGUGGUAGGAAAAUUUUGAUCUUGCAAAUCUCAAGGAAAAAGAGGACAUUCAAAUAAUACUUUUGAAGAUGAGAUUGACACAGAAAGCCAAGAAGCAGUUGAAAUUCUGCAGGAAGAUUCACAGGAAAAAUAGGAUGAUAAUUAGGAUGUAGGAGAUACUAUUGUCAAUGAGAUUUUUUAAAUUUCAAAACACAUCGAAAUAAAAGGAAACAAGAAUUAACCUUCAAAUAGAGUGCAUUUGAGAAGUAGUUAUUUAAUUCUCAAACUUCCAGGAGUUAUAGGCCCUGCAAAAAUGGCACGAAUCCCUCUUGAAAAUGUUGGAGUUGCCUGUUCAGUGAUGAUACUCUAAAUAUCAUUUUGUACUUUACAAAUCAAUAUUUUGAAGGCAUCAAAACAUAAUAUUUCACCAAGAAAGAUGCGAUACCAAUCAUACAACAUAGGGAGAAAUGUAAACCGUUGUCCAAUUGUCAAAUCUUUUACAUGAUAAACAUGAGUGACACCCAAUUUAUUUAUUUUGGAAAUUAUCAAAAUAUUGUUAAAAGAAAAGUGUUUUUAAAGAAAUUAUCCAUUGAAUUAGUGCUGCCUCAACUUAUUCAAAGAUGUAAUAAGUCGAUUUGAAAACUUCAAAAUUUAUAUUCAUGUAAAGUCUUUGCUUUUAUGAAUGUGUUAUCUUUAUUUCAAUUAUUUAAAAAAAAUUAUGUUCUCAUUAUUAAAUGACAAAUAAAAUAUUAAUUUCUAUAAUACUAAAAUAAAUGUGUGUUUUUUUUCUUCCACUUAUUUGUCCAUUUUAUAUUGUUUGUUGAUUAUAUUAUUUAAAAAAUAAAAUAUUGUGCAAUAUUAAAAUAAAAUAAGCUUAUUUAACCAGUCACUCAUUAGCGCUAUGCAUAUGAUACAACACACCUGCUCUUAUUGUGACGGACCGCCCCCCCCCCACGCCUCCCCCUGUGAAGGUUAAUAUAUAUUUAGGCCUAUGCAGAUGUUAUUGACUUAAAAAAUAAAAUAAUGUGCAAUAUUAAAAUAAAAUAAGCUUAUUUAACCAGUCACUCAUUAGCGCUAUGCAUAUGAUACAACACACCUGCUCUUAUUGUGACGGACCGCCCCCCCCCCCCACGCCUCCCCCUGUGAAGGUUAAUAUAUAUUUAGGCCUAUGCAGAUGUUAUUGACUUUUAGAUUAAUAGGUAGACAUAUGACAUAUACAUUGACAUGUAUUUUAGUAGACUAGGCUAUUUAAAAUUAUCACUUUUAAUUAUGGCAAUGCCAUGCUAUGCAGGGGCAGAUCAAGCAAGGGAUUGAAUUGGCCAGUUCAAAUUUGGAGUAUGUAGCUUGGGCUCCCUGUAUUUGAGAUAUUUGCAUAAUCUAACUAUGAUUUUCCAAGCCAUCAAUUUUUUUCCCCUUUGAGUACUCUUUGCUGUAUUAUCUGGUUCACAGAACAUGAACAUAAAUGCUUCAAUUUUGUUUCAAGAUAAUUUGAUCUCAAUCAACUUUUUCAUAAAUUUUAGUUUCAAGAAACUUCAUUUGCAUGAAAUAAGGGAUAUUGAAGAUUCAGUAAAUAUUCAUAAGAAGUAAAUAAUAUACUUAAUAUGCCUAAAUGGAAAUUACUAAAAUAAGGUUGGGAAAAACCUAGGGGAAAAAGAUUCAACAAAAGUUAAAAAACAAACAUGUUGGCAAGAAGCCUUCUUUAGCAUAAAGUACAAACAAAGCGUAAAAAAUAUAUCUUUUUUAAAAACUUAGCUAAAAUGUUGUACCACGGAGAGCAGUAAGAAAGAUCUCUUCACUAAGGUGCUCAUGGGCCAUCCACAAAUGGUGUGAUAAUAUUUUAGCCAAUGCUCCCCCCCUCCUCCUCCCCCCUCCUCCCCAUUCAGAAUAAAAUAGACACUUGUAAGACCUUUUACACAAAAAUGUGAACACCCCCCCCCCCUUUUUCCUGAUAUGUGACAUCAUUAAUGUAAUGGUGUUAUAAUAUUUUAGCCAAUGCCCCCCCCCCCCUCCUCCCCCCUCCUCCCCAUUCAGAAUAAAAUAGACACUUGUAAGACCUUUUACACAAAAAUGUGAACACCCCCCCCCCCUUUUUCCUGAUAUGUGACAUCAUUAAUGGGAUGGAUAGCCACUAAUCUAGGUUGCAUAUUUGGGUUGGGAGGAUAUAUGUGGCCAACUGCUUUCUGUUUAUUUGUGAAUUAUGACAAUAAAUAUUUUUACAAAUUUCUUUCUAGUUACCGUGGGUGAUUACUGCAUUGACACUUCAUAUCCUUUCAAUAGCAAUUAUUGUCCGUACGGAUGUUGUAGUUAUAACAGAAGUCUGUGCUGUUCAUCCAAGUAAGUGCACAUAUGAAACUUCUCUCAUAUUUUCCAUACUUAUGCUUUUGCUUCAGUUAUUUCAAUUCAUUGUUUUUAAUUCUUUAAUUCAUUGACUAGCGUUUCUGCUUUUAAAAAAUUACUGUUAUUUAUCAGAGUAGUGGUGAUGGUCAUUUUUGGCAUGAGCUCCUUCUUAAAAUUUUCUAUAACAAAAGUCAGAAAUUAGACUAAUUAUUCAUAUUUUUUAAUAUAAGAGAAAGCAUUCCUCACAAUAAAAGAUUCUACAUUUUAAUUCUAGACCUAGCUUGUUUUCAGCCCACCUUGGCCUCAACCCAGCUUGAACUUGUCACAUUUUAUUUUACCAGUUUUAUUUUAAAUCCUCAUAUACUGACCUUCUCCCUCAAAAUUAAUCUAAAUUUAAUUUGACAAAAUUAAUCUAAAUUUAAUUUUAACAAUCUAAUUUUGACAAACUGUUCUAAGCUGCAUAAGUAUUGUAUCAUUUAUUUAAAUGACAUUUUUUCAAUUUACCACUUAACUUUCGAUAUUACAAAUUGAUUUAAAAUUUUACAUUUUCACAUCAUUUGAUAUUUCAGCAUUGGAUUGAUUGUGGGACUUUGUGUUGGAGGUGGUGCCCUGGUUGUCAUCAUUGUCGUGGUUAUCAUCUGUUGUCGAAGACGACGCUAUGCUGGUGUAAUAGUCCGCAAUCAAGCAGCCCAGCCUGCCAUUGUUGUAGCUCAAAGUAGGCCAUGCUUCUAUAGAUAGCAAUAAACAAUUUUGCAUAUCUCAUUCUGACAGUCUGGUCACUGAAAAUAAAUAUACGCUGUCCAGCAUAUGAUUUUGGUCAUUAAAUAACUAUAACACACUUUAUGGGGGUCAUGUGAUGGUUCUAAACUGUGUUACCGGUAUCAAAAUCUAGCAUUGGGACGGAGUUGGGAUCUUACCUUGCUGAUAAGUAACGAAUUCAUUGUAAAAACUGAUAACUGGUUAAGUACUGAAUUCCUAAAACUGAUAACUGGUUUUUCGAAGAAAAAAAAAGCGUCUUAAUGGGCCUGAUUAAAUGUGAUAAUCGGACGCUCAAUACAUACAUUGCUACUUUUAUGAAUUCUUUCUUCUGUAGAUACUUCAACCUCACAAGCUGGUGUGUUUGCCACUGGGGGUUACCAACCCGGGUACAAUCCCCAGCCAUAUGGAGCAUAUCCACAAUAUCCUCAGGGAUAUCCUGCUGCUGCUUACCCGCAAGGUCCAGGUGGCUACCCCCCACAAGGUCCAGGUGGCUACCCCCCACAAGUACCAGGUGGCUACCCCCCACAAGCUUCAGGUGGCUACCCUCCACAAGCACCAGGUGGCUUUGUACAAGCACCUCCAAAUUAUGAUAGUCUUAACAAGCACCAGGUGUCAUAGUUGAUAAAUAGUUUUCUUUAAAAACAAGAAGAGUUUCGUUUCCAGGAAAACAUUUGGCAAUGCAUUCCAUUUUGUUUUAAUUACUAUACAGAACUCACCCAUAUGCAAACUAAUUUUCUCAUAUGCUUCUAUAAGUUGAUAGAAGUCAUAAAAUAUAACAUUAGUUAAUGUAUAAUAAGAAAGUUAAAAUCAAUAUUUUAUUAUUGAUCCAAAUAAAUGAAAAUAAUUUUUUAAGUUACAUUUUACAUAUUCAUUUUCAAUACAUACAAAAAUAUUUUUACAAAGACAAACAUUUACUGGAGUGUUUAAUGUACAUAUUUGGGCUUGUAAAAGAUCAAUACUUUUUUGUUAAAGCUUUUUUUUUUUCUGAAAUAAUUUAUGUACCCACUAACUAUAUCCAAGAUUGUAUAUUUGCAAUAUUUGUUUGGAAUUUGUGUAUCUUAUUUUUUUUGUUGAGAUUCCUUUUGAUACGUGCAUCAUAUUUUACUGAUAUUGGUAUACAAAUUCAUAAUUUUUCUAUUUUUGUUUUACAAUUCUCUCUGAAGUAAAUUUAUUCUACAGCAGCUCUUAAGGGCUAGCUCGCAAAUUACAUCACGCUAACCUUUUUAGACACAUACACACACACACCCCCGUGUCGUGUCAAACCUAAAAAUAAUUAAAACAUACAUAAAAUUUGCAUAACUAAACUAAGAUUUUAUUUUAUUCUUUAACAUUUUCCCAUAAUGGAUUAAGAUGUAGUAUUAUUAGAAAACUGUGACGCAAAUCAACGAAGACAUCCACUAGCCAAAUGUAAAAUGACCACAACAGUUUUUGCGUCAUUUUUCGAUUUGCGGAGAAGGUGUGCGCGACUGAGGUUCAUGGUACCUAUAAUAUCUGAGGCAAUAUCGACCUCAACAAAUUAAUGUUUUUAAAUUAAUUGAAUAAAGAUUUUUCAAAAUUAGAAAAUUUUAGAUUAAAAAAAAAAAUUCUUGACGUCACAAAUUUUUUUAUCUCCCCCCGAGCGUGACGUAAUUUGCGAACAACCCCUAACAUAAUUAUACAUAUUUACAAUAUUUGUUCCAUUUAAAGGAUACUUUUAUUUACAAAACUUGUUUUUAAAAAAAUGUUCUUCAAAUUUUUUUACAAAUAUUAAACUGCUGAAUCUAUUUUUACAAUAUUUGUAUUGUUUAUGCUUCAUACUUUGUUUUGAGAGUAUGGCAACCAGAAAUGGGAAAAGCGGAAUGAUUAUAGUCAAAUUGUGAAAUAUAUAAGACAUUGUACACAUUGCCUAGGCAUUCUAUAGAUAGAAUGCGUGACUGUAUUUAAGGAAAGUAAAUAAUAACUUGA